AUGGCUGACACUCGUGGCGUCUUAGAUGAAGCUCGUCCGUCCUGUAAGCGAUGCGAAAAGGCCGGGUACUCAUGCGCUGGGUAUGAGAGGAAGUUGGAGAUGCGUUUCCACACCUUUGCAGACCAGACAGAACCUGCGGUGUCGCCAUCGACAAAGACCAGCAAAGACGUGCCCCUGACGACGACUGGAGAUUUCCCCGAGAAUCUUGUACUCAGGUCCAAUAACAGUCCGCCAAGCUCCAGUUCCAUACCCCAGGAGCUGAGCUUCGUGGCAUUCCGAGACAAUAUCCAGUUCUCCUAUCUCUUUGACAAUUUCGUGUGGAGCAGCUAUGGCUCGCCGUGGCUCCAGAUGGCUGCCGAGGGAAAGCUUGACGCCCUGUCGCUGGAGGCGUGCCGGGCGUUCUCGCUCAGCAUUUUCGGGAGGCACCAUCGGCAAGCCGAGAUAGAAGUAACCGGCGCCGUCCAUUACGACAAGACAGUCCGAGCCCUAUCAACUCGACUGUCGAAUGUGGGGGCGCCGGGUAGUGAGAAUCUGAUCGUACCUAUCAUGAUCCUUCUCAUGCACUCCUCCAGCACCCCAGAUCCUCAGGCCUCUGCCUUCCACAUCCAAGGCCUGUUGAAACUCAUCCAGAUAUGUGGGCCAGAGAGGUUCGCGACGGGUCCGUUGAGGUUUGCUUUCGAGUCAUGUCGGGCGACGCUGGUCACAAUCUCACUGAUCACCAGGACCAGAACCUUUCUGGAGCAGCCAGAGUGGCUGAGCGAACCAUGGGCCACGUGCGGCGAAUACAACAAAAACCCGCAGAACCGGCUCGUCGACAUCCUGGUGCACGUCCCUGGGUUCCUGCAAGACCAGGCGCAGCUUGAACAGGCGCCUUCGGAGCAGUUCCGGCUCGAACUCAUCCAGCGGAUUGAGUACCAGAUCGCCAAAGCCCAUAACUGGCGGUGGCAGUGGGAAGAAAUGAACCCGACUGUCGCGUGGGAGGUGGACCCGGAGACGCUGCCGGCCGACCGAACCCUACUGAGCAGCCAGCCGCGGCCGGUCCGGAAGGUUUUGGUCUUCUCAUCCUUCACCAAGGCCGCGGAGUUGUCUCUGUACAACGCCAUCUUGCUGUUUUUGUUGGGCCUGCUGUGGACCUUGAAGCCGCCCGAGGGGGAAUCCCCGCCGUCCGUGCGCCUCCCCUGCUCCUCCUCCUCGCAGUCCGCCUCCUCCUCCGCCCUCUUCCUGCCCGGCGACGUCGACUCGCUAGUCGAACCCGCCAUCGAGAUCUGCCGCGCGUUCGAGUUCCAGCUCCUCGCCUCCAAAAACAGUCGCGACUCGGCCCUGUUCUGGCUAUUUCCGCUAGGCCUCGCCAGCAAAGCCCUCGAGGACAACGUCGACUACCUGGCCUGGAUCAAGAACAUGCUCGACGCCUCCCAGGUCACCCGCGGCUACGGCACCGGCGGCAACACCUUUGGGUUUGGCUUCUACAGGCUGCCCAAGAUCAGGAGGAAGAGGUCUAACGAACGGCCCUUUAUCGAGCCCCCUUACGACUCUGACUCGGUCAGGCAGUUGUCUGAGGGUUCAUCUUCGCCUGAUGAAUUCGUAUGA